GUUCACCUCCUUUUAAUUGUUUUUUUCUUUUGGUUAUGGUUGUGUUCUUCCUUAUUCUAUGGUUGAGCUGCGGUUGAGCCAUCGACGACGACCUGACUGAUCUCGUUUUUCGUUUCACAUUAAAAUUUGUUAAGUGCUGGAAUGGAAGGUAGCCUAUAUUCUUUCUAGUGAGAAGAAAAACGGGAUGUGAUUAUUAAAAUGGCCUCUUCUUACAAAAACACAGAAAUAAAGAUCGAAGAAGUGUGCAGAACUUGCCUGGCUAAAGAAAUUGAGCUGCAUUCGGUAUUUGAUGUAUAUUUGGGAACAAUUACACUUGAUUACGUUGUUGGAGUAAUAACGGGUGUGAAGAUUGAACAAGGAGAUGGAUUGCCUUCCACAAUAUGUAGUGAUUGCAAAGACAAAGCUACUAAAGCUUAUGAUUUCAAGCAAAAAUCACAAGAAACUGAUAACAAACUACGAGGUCUGUUCAAAAAAGAGAAAAAAGAAAAGAAGGAUUUUGUUGUUGCAGAAGUUCCUGUAUAUUAUCAAGGUGAUUCUUUAGGUGUUAAAACAGAACAGUUUGUUUCUGAGGAUCAUGACGAUUUUAUGGAUUCUGAUUUUGGACUGUCAAAUGAUGUUGAAGAAUGCAAUGAUGUUGAGCCUGUAAAAAAAGAGAAACAAGAAAAUGAAUCAAAUCAAUUUAAAACAAGUUUUGUGUCUAUUGAUAACUCGAAAUCUCAGGACCAAAAGAAGAAGAAAUGUAUAAAAGUGGAAUUUGAAGAUUCAGUCAGUACAUACUGUCCUUUGUGUGGUACAAGCUAUGACGGUGCUGAUAAUUUGACAAAACAUAUGUGGCAGUACCAUGCAGAGCUCAUGGGCCCUAAGAAGAGAGGCCGGCCUAAAAAGAUGAUGACUAGUUCGAUAUUAAAUAAGUUGACAGAAAAUGGAUUCAAACUGAAGUCCAUUCAAGUAAAAACAUUUGAUUGCGUUUUUUGUAAGGAACAAUUUAAAACCAAAGAAGAAGUAGGAAUUCAUUUGAUGAAACACAAAGAUACAAAAGUAUUCUGUUGUAUUGUAUGUAAAAAAAUGUACUUGAAAAAGAAAUUCUUUGAUGAACAUGCCUGCUUGAAAAAGGAUGAAAAUGGUGAAUCAAAGAAGGAAGACCCAGAAGAUUCAAAUGUUCUUACUGAAAUUUUAUUGCGGGAAAUUUUAGAUCCAAAUUGUGAUAUGGAAAAUAUGAAUUUUCUUCAAGUAUGCAAGAUUUGCAGUGGAAUUUACUUAUCGGAAGAAGACUUGGCAUUUCAUAAUGAGGCGGAGCAUCCAGAAAAGUCACUGCGUUGUAAUACCUGCACGAAGGCAUUUACUUCAGCCAAGUCAGCAUCGCGACACCGAAGCAUAUGUAGGCAAGUCGACAGGAAACACGUCUGCAAUGUUUGCGGACUUAAAUUUGCUUACGAAAUAUCACUCAAUAAGCACAUACUGCGACAUCACGAGGGGCAAAGUGUAUCCGUGUCAUUUUUAGAGAGUAAACCAAAAGAAAAGAGCCCGGACGAUGGUUCACAGCAGUAUCAGUGCGAAGUAUGUCAUAGGUGUUUCCCUAAAAAAGAAUCGCUUGCUAAACAUGCCAAGACACACAUGCCUGUCGAAAAAUGUUUUGAAUGUGACAUUUGCAAACGGAAAUUUUCUAGGAAGGACAAUUUACGAUCUCAUAAGCGUAUCCACGAACCAAACCGGGAGAAGCCGCCGAACAACUGUCUGUGCUUGUACUGCGGCCGCGGGUUCUCAAACUCCUCCAACCUGAUCGUCCACAUGCGUCGCCACACGGGCGAGAAACCCUACAAGUGCGACUUUUGCGGAAAAGGUUUUCCGAGAUCAUCCGACUUGCAGUGUCACCGGCGAUCGCAUACCGGUGAAAAGCCGUGCAUUUGCCGCGUCUGCGGGAAAGGAUUUUCGCGCAGCAAUAAGCUGUCUCGGCACAUGCGCGUGCACACAGGCCAGAAGCCGUACAAGUGCACUUAUUGUGAGAAAGCGUUCUCCCAGAGCAAUGAUCUGACGCUCCACAUCCGUCGUCAUACUGGUGACAAACCCUACAUCUGCGAAGUGUGCGGUGACCGAUUCAUUCAGGGAACAGCGUUACAAAACCAUAGAAGGGUACAUGGACAUUUCCCCCCAUCUGCACCGGACUCUACACAACAGACACAAGUGCAAGGGAUCACUUAUACGGUCCAAAAUAUUACUCACACACAUUAAAUCCACGUUUUAAAUCAUGUUAUACAUUAAUCUUAAAUAAAAUUAGAAACUUAUUAUUCUAAAUUUUAAUGAAGGCUCAUGAUAUAUAUAUAUAUACAACAUAGGAUUAUUAUAAAACAAAAGAUAGCUUAAAAUAAGUAAUAUUGUAGGCAAUUGUAACUUUUACGUAAUAAGUAGGUAUAUAUUUUUGUGAAAUACUAUAUUCUUACGUACAUCACAAAAUAAUUUCUUACAAGCAUUUAUUUAUAUAAUAAUAUAAUUUAAUCGAUCUUAUUGAUGUCUUUGAAAAUGUAUUAUUUGCUAUUGAUAUCCAAUCAUGAAAUCUGAUGUAAGAUGAUGAGCAAUCUAAUAUAAUAUCAUAAUAUUGCGCGUCCCACCGAGAGUGUUUAUAAUUAUGAACGUUGUUUUCAAGUUCAUUGCUUUACAUAUUUAUGUUAUAUUUUGGCAUUGAGCCCUUCGUGGUAUCUGAACACUUUUAAGAACGUUUAUAUAUUGAAUAAUUAUUAAUAUAAUUAAGUGGCGAGGGUAUAAUACGACAUUUAUCUCUGUUAAUGCUAGUACAUAGGAUAUGUUGUCGUUAGUAACAUAUAAUUUUGUGUAAAAUUGUGUAGUUGUCCGUAUGUACAUUAAAAUAAAUUAAUAUAAGCUGUA